AUGAAGGUCCCAUUCUCCAGCGUUCUACUCGCGACGUUGGCUGUCACCCCUUCCCUCGGGUCUCUUUUCGAGCACCAGAGCGACGUAUUAGCUGCUAUCAAGGACCUUGCCAGAGACCCCAAUUCCCGAGGCUGGAUCCAGCUCAGCGAUACCGGACACAGGAUUCAGAGCGUCAACGGAAAGGGAGUAGUCCUGGACGAGAUCCAGUUGACUGCUGCGCAGGAAGCUGAACUCCGCAGUUCGUUCGCCGCGCAGGUGGACCAGAUCAUGGCUCAUUCAGAUUCCUCACCCGCGUUUACUAAGGAGGAGCGUUCUCUUCUCGACAAGAAAAGUCCCGGUUGUGCGGACUGGGCUAGUCUCUGUGACGAACCCUAUGACUGCUACAAGUGGAACUGCGAUGACUGCUUUAAAAUCAAUCCUAUUGGGUCGUGCUACAGCUACUCUUGA